AUGGAUACAUCUGCUGUAAGUCUUAAAUUUGCCCUGGAUGCUUUAUUUGCAAAACAUGGAUUGAGUUUCACAAAGGUUAGAGGACAAGGUUAUGAUGGUGCUAGCAACAUGAGUGGUAAGUUCAAUGGGUUGAAAGCUUUGAUUUUGAGUGAUAAUGACUCGACAUUUUGUAUAUAUUGUUUUACUCAUCAACUUCAGUUAGUAGUUGUGGCGGUUGCAAAAAAACACGAAGGUAUUAAGGACUUCUUUGAUUUGCUUGCGUUGGUUGUUACUGUUGUAAACUCUUAUUGCGAACGAAAAAAUAUGCUACGAGAAAGUCACAAAGAGAGAAUUCAAGAAGAAAUUGGAAAUAACGAAAUUGAGACUGAGAAGGGGUUAAACCAAGAGAUUUCCCUCGUCCGAGCUGGAGAUACACGAUGGAAUUCUCAUCUUAAAACAACCGUGAGUUUGAUUGCUUUGUUUCCAGAGGUUAUACAGGUGUUUGAAUAUGUCGAAGAUGAUGGUGAUAAUGGAGCUAGUUGGCUUCAAGCAAGAGAUCUUUUUAUACUUAAAGACAUUUGA